GGCCUCUCCAGGGUUCCGCCACUGGGUGGGGGAGGGGGGGCCUGACCUGGCACCCCACCCCCCAUUCCAGCCCAGGGCUCAGGUCUCCAACAACAGAACCAGAGCCACUCAGCAACACUGGAACCCAUUUGGGGAGGCCUGGGGCCCCUCAACCCAAGCCGGGAGGGCUUUGGGGGAGGGGUACAGCCCCUGACAGACUUGCCGUGUGGCCAAGGGGGCCGAGGGGUGCCAGGAAGGUGGGGGCCAACCUCGUAGGGGAGGGCACGAGUGUGGUUCUCUUUCCUGCACUGGGGGCCCGGAAGGGUCGGCGGCUGGGCAGGAGGCUUUGCCGACAAAGCCCGUGGUUCAGGGGUCAGGACAGGGUGGUGACUGGUGGCCAGGGCACCAUGGCCACCAUCCAGUCAGAGACCGACUGUUAUGACAUCAUCGAGGUGCUGGGCAAGGGCACUUUCGGGGAGGUGGCCAAGGGCUGGCGACGGAGCACAGGUGAGAUGGUGGCCAUCAAAAUUCUGAAGAACGACGCAUACCGCAGCCGCAUCAUCAAGAACGAGCUGAAGCUCCUGCGCUGUAUGCGAGGCCUGGACCCCGACGAGGCCCAUGUCAUCCGCUUCCUGGAGUUCUUCCAUGACGCCUUCAAGUUCUACCUGGUCUUCGAGCUGCUGGAGCAAAACCUCUUCGAGUUCCAGAAGGAGAACAACUUCGCACCCCUCCCUGCCCGCCACAUCCGCACGGUCACCCUGCAGGUGCUCAGAGCCCUGGCCCGGCUCAAGGAGCUGGCCAUCAUCCACGCUGACCUCAAGCCAGAGAACAUCAUGCUGGUGGACCAGACCCGAUGCCCCUUCAGGGUCAAGGUGAUCGACUUUGGCUCGGCCAGCAUCUUCAGCGAGGUGCGCUAUGUAAAGGAGCCGUACAUCCAGUCCCGGUUCUACAGGGCCCCUGAGAUUCUGCUGGGGCUGCCCUUCUGUGAGAAGGUGGAUGUGUGGUCACUGGGCUGCGUCAUGGCUGAGCUGCACCUGGGCUGGCCCCUCUACCCAGGCAACAAUGAGUACGACCAGGUGCGCUACAUCUGUGAGACCCAGGGCCUGCCCAAGCCGCACCUGCUGCACGCCGCCCGCAAGGCCCACCACUUCUUCAAGCGCAACCCCCACCCUGAUGCCACUAACCCCUGGCAGCUCAAGUCCUCUGCUGACUACCUGGCCGAGACUAAGGUGCGCCCACUGGAACGCCGCAAGUACAUGCUCAAGUCCCUGGACCAGAUCGAGACAGUGAAUGGCGGCGGGGCUGCCAGCCGGCUGACCUUCCCGGACCGCGAGGUGCUGGCGGAGCACGCCGACCUCAAGAGCAUGGUAGAGCUGAUCAAGCGCAUGCUGACGUGGGAGUCGCACGAGCGCAUCAGCCCCAGCGCGGCCCUGCGCCACCCCUUCGUGUCCAUGCAGCAGCUGCGCAGUGCGCACGAGAACACUCGCUACUACCAGCUCUCGCUGCGCAGCUGCCGCCUGUCGCUGCAGGUGGAGGGCAAGUCUCUCCCGCCCAUGGUCGCUGCCGCCGAGGACGGGCCCCCCUACUACCGACUGGCCGAGGAGGAGGAGUCCAUGAGCAUGGGUAGCGUGGCAGGCAAUGGGCCCUUCUUCCAGGAGGAGAAGGCCCCUGGCGUGCAGAGAGCCAUCGACCAGCUUGAUGACCUGAGCCUGCAAGAGGCUGGGCGAGGGCUGUGGAGCGAGACCCGAGCCGAUGCGGUCUCUGACAUUCUGGCCCCAUUGAAGGCAGCCACCACUGGCCGCUGGGUCCCCGAGUCAGGCCCAGAGCCCAUCCUGGCCUUCUAUGGCAGCCGCCUGGUAGGCUGCCAUAAGGCCCGAAAGCCACCUGCCGGCUCCAAGUCCGACUCCAACUUCAGUAACCUCAUCCGGCUGAGCCAGGCCUCACCUGAGGAUUCUGGGCCCUGCAGGGGCAGUGGCUGGGAGGAAGGAGAGUGCCAAGGGGCCUCUGCGGAGCUGCCUACCAUCCCACAGCGGGAAGGGGAUGGGCCUAGCAUCAAGGACAUGACCAUGGAUGCUGAGAGGUCAGGCCCCGAACUCUUUGAUCCUGGCAGCUGUCCUGGCGAGUGCUUGAGUGAGCCAGACUGGACCCUGGAGGGUGUUCGGGGACCAUGGGCUCAAGGGCUUCCACCCCGCCACCCCCACCCGCAUGGUCCUCCCCGAGCCACCAGCUUCUUGCAGCACGUUGGUGGGCACCACUGAUGGUGACCUCAUCCCUGCCCAUUACUGGGGCUGGCAUCCCUGCUUGAACUGAACUGUUCCACACAGCCAUCCUCAAACCCACAAAUUAUUUUUACAGAAAAAGAGUUAUCCAGAA